AUGGGAUUGCAGCUUCCGCACAUCUAUGCCGCGGGCAAUUGCUCUGGCAAAAAUUUGACACCCAUCGAAGCAGAGAUUCAAUGCAUUGCAACAGAAAAGCGGACGACCUAUUUGGUUGCUAUCGCCUUGUCCGAUAUUCUGGCGCUUUCCAGCAUGACCAUCUUGAGUUUUGCUGCUUGGGUGUUGCCAGCCUUUCUGGUGAUGCAUUUUCUUUCAACUUUCGUGUUGAUCCUGGUGGCAAUUUGCCGAGGGGCCGACCAGAGAAACUUGAGGCUCAGGAUCAAUGCAAUCGUUCAAGCGGCGAGCCAAUGGGGAUGCGGCCAGACAGGCGCAAGAGUGACCUUUGUGGUUUGCUCAUUUGUGGUGAUACUGACCAUUCUUUAUGUGAAGUCUUGCGGCGAUGAGGCCUCAGCUAACUUCUGGAUGCUUGACUGGCAGAUUCUGGGUGCUUUGCCUCAGCUCGGGAGUGAUUGA